AUGGAGUGGAUCGCAAUCGUAUACGACAAGCCGGGAGCAGACAGAGCCCCAGUGAUAGAGCAACACAAAGCUGCAGUUCCCGGUUACAUCAAGGCUGGAAUUGUCACUAAUGCCGGACCUAUUUUUGAAGACGAAGAAAGAACAAAAUUUGCUGGAAGUGCGUUUAAUCUUAUUGCCAAUUCCAAGGAGGAGGUGAUUGAAUUUCUCAAAAAUGACAUUUUUGGCAAAAGUGGAAUUUGGGACAUCGACAGCGUAGUUGUGCAUCCGUUGGGAGUCGCUUAUCGCAAGCAACAAGACUUGCAGUUUUGA